CCACCACCCAGCACGAUGGUCCGCCUCUCUCUUUCCAUCAAAGCCGAACUCGAGAAUGUCACAGAUCUUGUCCCAGCCUCGGAUGACUUUGAAUACUUCUUCAAGGUAAAAUGCAACAGCUGCAAUGAGGAACACCCUAAGAUGGUCUCCUUGAACCGCAUCGAAGAGCGCGAUGUCUCCGGGGGCAAGGGGAGCACGGCGCAUUUCGUAUGGCGCUGUGGUCUUUGCAAACGAGAAUCCUCCGCGAAGUUCGAACCCGGCGAAAAACCAAAGCCCUACUCGGCCGAUGUAAACGGCCAGUUCUUGCCCUUCCUGACGCUCGACUGCCGAGGUCUGGAGUUCGUUGGGUUCGACCCAAGGGGAAUCUGGAAAUGCGUUGGCGCGGAGUCUGGGACGGUCUUCUCCGAAGUCGACUUGGAGGAGGGCGAAUGGGUCGACUAUGAUGAGAAGUCAUCGCUGCCUGUCGGCGUGUCUAACUUCGAGAGCCAGUGGGCAAGAGCAUAAGGAUACAAAAAAACAAGCUCGUGGUUUGUACAUCAACGAAGGGUACAGAUGUCCGUGGUAUACGAAGGUGCUGAUUAACGUCCCAUAGUCAGUCAGCGAAUAAAGGGUAUGCAUCAGUGCUACAAUCCGGACAUGAUUUCUGGGUAUCUGCGUAAGUGUCUAAAAUCGCCGUAGAAAAGCCUGGCCUUCCGUCCUCAGACAUGAGGCUCAGGAGCGGGAGAGGAAGACGCGGAAGUGUCGUUUCCCGAGUGCGCACCCAGGGGUGUGCCGCUUUCGCCGGAAGUAUUUGGUCUGUGACCGGAUUGAGCUUGCGCUGACUCUUCCUCAUCGGCUUCUAACUUGUCGCUCCGGUUGGUUUGCGUCGCCGGAGAACCCCCGCCGCCGGAGCUCUCAACUCGUUGCUCCUCCCGUUGAGGUUCCUUCCCUUCUGCUGUCUCUUGCUUGUCGUGCGCGUGUUCAUUGGACUUACGACCAGGAAGGGACGUCUUUCCAACCAUAUGCGUCGUCUCCUUCCCGGCGGUCUUGAGCAGCUCGGCUUGCUUCUUCUUGAAUUUUUUGAUGUGCUCAAUUCCCCACAAAGCAAGCUCAGCUUUGCUGAACUGAACUUUGUCCAUGUCAACGCCGCGCUCUUCCAGCACUGAUGUGAAGCGCCGGAAGUGAUCAAUCGACGUCCUAUAAUGCCCAGACAGCGGAGACAGGGUAUGUAUGAGGCCGUCUUUGACCGAUAUCAAACCGGCGGAGGUAACCAGACCACCUGCUAGGAACGACGAAUGCUGGAAAGUUCCUGGCGCUUUGAUCCCGAUGUAGAUGUUGAAGUUUUUG